GCUGUAGCAUCAAGCAUGGCAGCCAAGAAGAAACAGCGACAGAGACUGAGAGAGACGAGGAGGCCCGAGGAGGAGGACAUGGAGGAGCAGGAGGAGCAGGAGGAGCAGGAGGAGCAGGCCGGGGGUGGAGGCGGCGACAGACCGAAGAAAGAAGAAGAGUUCAGCCUGGAGGAGGUGCUGCGACUCGGAGGAACUCAGGCCGAUUACGUGAUGCUCGCUGGUCUGGACGACUCCAACGAGCUCGUGGACGGAGGCAAGAAAGGAGCGAUAGACGACCUGGAGGAAGGCGAGUUGGAGAAGUUCAUCACCAAGCUGGGCAUCCGGGCGUACGGCGGCGUGCAGGUCAUCGCAGACGAGCCCGAGCCCGAGGGCGACCGCGGCGAGGAGGAGAGCGAGGAGAAGAAGGCGGCGCAGGCGAAUAAAGAGGAGCAGGCGGCGAGCUCUCAGCAGGAGGUGAAGAAGAAGCAGGAGGUGGAGGUGAAGAAGGCGAAAGACGUCGGGAAGAAGGCGAAGCAGAACGUGAACGUGUUCGAGUUCCAGCAGCGGCAGGUGCUGCUCAUCAAACCCGGGGGGAAGUGGUUCGACCUGGAGUACACCGCCGAGGGCUCGUUGGCCCAGCAGGACGCCUCGCUGGUGACCCGGUACAAGGCGCUCGCCCAGCAGCUGUUCGACGCCGAGGUGGCGCUCUACAAGAGCAAGAAGAACCUGCAGAAAGGAGCCAACUCCAACUGGAUGAAGACGGUCGUCUCCUCCGGCGUGCUCGCCGACAGGAUGGCGGCGAUGACGGUUCUGAUCCAGGACGCUCCGGUGCACACGCUGGAACACGUGGAGAACCUGGUGGCCAUGGUGAAGAAGAAGGGCAGCCGGCGGAUGGGUCUGAUGGCGCUGGACACGCUGCGAGAGCUGCUGCUGUCUGACCUGCUGCCGGAGAACAGGAAGCUCCGCACCUUCGCCCAGCACCCGUUCGACGAGCUGGAGGAGAAGGCGAGCGGCAACCGCGACUCCCGCGACCGCCGCCUCAUCCUCUGGUACUUCGAGCACCAGCUGAAGCACCACGUGGCCGAGUUCGUGUCGGCUCUGGACACCGUGGCUCACGACACGGUGGCGGCCACCAAAGCGAAGGCGCUGGCCACCGCCCACGAGAUGCUGUGCAGCCGGCCGGAGCAGGAGAGGGCGCUGCUGAUCCAGGUGGUCAACAAGCUGGGAGACCCCGAGUACAAGACGGCGGCCAAAGCGUCGUACCUGCUGGAGACGCUGCUGCACAAGCACCCCAACAUGAAGGUGGUGGUGUGCUGCGAGGUGGAGCGCCUCAUGUUCCGGCCCAACAUCAGCCCGAAGGCGCAGUACUACUCCGUGUGCUUCCUCAGCCAGGUGAUGCUGAGCCACGACGAGGCCGAGCUCGCCGCCAAGCUCAUCACCAUCUACUUCUCCUUCUUCCGCGCCUGCGUCAAGAAGAAGGACGUGGAGUCGAAGAUGCUGAGCGUGCUGCUGUCGGGCGUGAACCGGGCGUAUCCCUACGCCGGCACCGGGGACGAGAAGGUGAAGGAGCAGCUGGACACGCUGUUCAAGGUGGUGCACCUGGUGAAGUUCAACACGGCCGUGCAGGCGCUCAUGCUGCUCUUCCAGGUCAUGGACUCCCAGCAGACCUGCUCGGACCGCUACUACGUGGCCCUGUACAGGAAGCUGCUGGACCCCGGCCUGUCCUCGUCGUCCCGUCACAGCAUGUUCCUGAACCUUCUGUAUAAAUCUCUGAAGGUGGACAUCGUGCUGCGGCGGGUCAAAGCCUUCGUGAAGCGUCUGCUGCAGGUCAGCGCCGAGCAGAACGCCAGCUUCGCCUGCGGGGCGCUGUUCCUCGUGUCGGAGCUGAUGAAGGCCAAACCGGGUCUGAAGAUUCUGCUGCAGGAGGACGCGGACGGCGAGGAGGAGGCGUUCAAAGACCUCGCCGAGGAGAAGGACGAUGAUGACGACGAUGAUGAAGAGGAGCGCUUUGUGGACGCUGAUAAACAGGAAGGAGUGACGGCUGAGACACAGGAAGCGAAGCCCGCGGCAUCAUGGGUACAUCACCAGAACCUGGAAGGAGGGAAGAGCGUGCAGAGCUACGACCCGCUGCACAGAAACCCGUUAUUCUGUGGCGCCGACCACACCACGCUGUGGGAGCUGCAGAGGCUCGCACUUCACUUCCACCCGUCUGUGUCCCUGUUUGCCAAAACCAUCCUGGAGGGAGAGUUCAUCUUGUACUCCGGGGACCCUCUGCAGGACUUCACCCUCAUCAGGUUCUUGGACAGAUUCGUCUUCAGGAACCCGAAACAGCAGAAAACCAAACAAAACGCAGCGUUGAUGCCCAAACAGAGGUUACCUGGCAGCUCGUUAGCAGUGAACAGCGAAGAGUUUCUGUCUAAAGACGAAAGUCAGAUCUCUGUGGACGAAAUCUUCUUUUACCGAUUCUUUAAGAAGCGUCAGCAGGAGAAGCAGCUUCGUCGGCCACGACGGGACGGAGACAACGACAGCGUGGAGGACGUGGACGAUGACGAGUUUGAGAAAAUACUCGAUUCCUGUGAGGGAGACUCGUACUUCACUGAGAUGGAACCAGGCGAUCUGGACUUUGCAGGGAACGUGAAGAGUAAAAAAGGGAAGAAAGGCGACAAGGACUCGGACGAUUCGGACGACUCGGACAUGGACGACCUGGACGACGAGGAAGUGUCUCUGGGCAGCAUGGACGAGGAAGACUUUGGAGACGAGCUGGAGGACGAAGGAGGGACGUUCAUGGACCCUGACGGAGGCGGAGACGACGAAGAUGAUGAUGAAGUUCCAGAGCUGGACGAAGACUUUGACGCUUCAGACGACGACGUUCCCGACAUCACGCCUCGAGCCAAGAAAGGCAAACGGAAAUCCUCAGAGGAGCUCGACUUCUCUGGAUCUUUGGGGUCCAAUCAGGGGAAGAAGAAGAAGAAAGGAAAGAAAGACAGAGCCGCAUUCGCUUCAGCUGAAGAGUUCGGCUCUCUGCUCGACGAAAACGCCGGCUCGAAGUUCGACAACAUCGGGCUGAACGCCAUGGCCAACACCGACAAAGCAGGCCUGAAGCAGCUGAAGUGGGAGGCUCAGCGUGACGACUGGAUGCAGGACCGCGACGUGAAGACGCUGCGCAGGAAGAAGACGAUGUUCAACAAGAAGAAGUCGUUCGGCCGAGCGAGGACGGGAGGAAGAGGAGGGAAGACGUUCGGGAACAGGAAGAGGAAGUAGCAGCCGUCCGUCUGUCGUGGGUUUCUAACCACCGGCUUC